AUGAGCUGUUCCGGUCAUUCGGUGGAACUACCCAAGGUAUACGACGGUAACGAGACCCUAGAUAACGGUGUUCUCCGAAUAGGCGGAACCUCGUUUCCGCCAUACGCGCAAUGGACAGAUCUCGGAGACACAGUUCGCGUUGAUGGACCCCUUGUAAUUUUUAUCGAGGUGAUAGCACGUUUCCUUAGGGCAAGACCCGUCGUGGCCACGCCUAUUGGAUUGCCUUACGGCGCGUUGCAGAAGAACGCAACGUUUAACGGCGUUCUUGGAUACCUAGAGAGAAAAAAGGUGGAUAUUAUGGUCAAUCCAGUUAUACCAAGCGUUGAUCGUCAUGGUCGAUUCGAUUUCUCCGCGCCUUUUACAAGAGAGAAGUUCCGCUUCUUUACCAUCAAGCCCGCCACAUUCAUCCACCCCUGGGGUUUUGUACGUGCAUUCGAGCUUCCUGUGUGGUUUUUCAUAUUGGGCACGUUCUUAGUCUUGCCCGUUUGUUCGGCUUUUCUACGCAAGCUCGACCGAAAUCUGUCGCGUCUCAAUUCCGAGGGAAAUACUCGUGGCGUAUUUGGAUAUCUCUGGUUUUGGUUUGCCAGAAUCUUUCCGCAACCGGAUUUGACACCGCGUGUAUUGUGGUUGCGAGUAUCCGCAGCGCUGUUUAUGUUGCCUAUGACCUAUAUGGUUAUGAGAUCCCUCGAAGCGGAGUUAAAGCGUAGCCUUUUGUUCAAGAAAGAGGCGGAUUAUGCAAAUUAUUUUCCAGAUAUAUUGCGAUUUCAUCAAAUGCGUAUUAUCAGUGAGAAAAAUUCAAUGGGCACCGCCAUGUUUACACGCAGUCAAGACCCGUUAAUGAUGAAGCUGGCCAAACGACUCGACGAGCGUGCCGGUGUCCUCGCUGGGGACAAUUUCGAAUCACUCAUAAAAAACAUUUUAGAGAAAAAAGCUGUGGUCGUUACUACUGGCCUAGCGGUGAAACUGAGGAUCAGCAUACUCGCUCAGCAAACUGGACGUUGUCCUGGCGUCAGAUCAAGCGAUGGCUCCAUAUUUCCCGUUACUCUGACAAUACCGAUUGGUCUUCAUAUACAGAAACACGUUCGAGAUCGCAUUCAAAGCGCCGUUCUCCGAGUAGCUGAAUCAGCGACCUUCCACCAAAAGCUUCAUUGUCAACUCGAAUAUGCCAAACGAUGUGGUACACGACAUCGCGGAGAAGCGGAGCCUAUGAAAGCUUUGCAUAUAUCCGAUCUUAAAGGCGUUCUUUACCUAUUCGCUAUUGGGAUCGCUACCUCCAUGCUGGCCUUCGCGGCCGAACUUCCCUUCCCGCGUAUUCGACGAUUUUUUUCUACGUCUAGCAAUGAGAACCGUGUCUAAUUUAGAGCUAUUUUGAUUUAUGUACCCCUUGUAAACCGAAGGGAAACUAAAGACGGUGAAAUUUUUUUCUACUACCGUCGGAGAUUAUCGUAUUGAAUAUGUUUUUACGUGAUGAAACCAAUGCUAAGAUAAAUCAUUAUCAGUAUCAAUAUAAUGUUUAUAGUCAAGCAAAAGUGCUUCUAUUUUAGCUGGCUGAUUUGCGCAAAUAUUUGUUCGCAUAUUUAAUUAUCAGGUCAUAAUCUUACAUGAUAGACCUUGCAGAAAAAAUGUGCAAAUAAAAUAUCAAUAC